UGUAUUUCCAGCCACAUGCUGACAGCUGUGCAGCUCCCUCACGUACGUGCUCAAAUCCAGAGACAGUGCGUGAGAGAGAGAGAGAGAGAGAGAGAGAGAGAGAGAGAGAGAGAGAGAGAGAGAGAGAGAGAGAGAGAGAGCCUGACGUCCCUGUUUCUUUUUUUUCUUCUGGGUAUCUUUUCCUCUGCAGACGCCUGCGCGACAUAUCUGCUCCCGGAUUUCUCUUCAACUUUUUUUUUUGUUGCUGUUGUUGCGUUGUUGUUUUUUUUUCUUUUUGUAUAGUUUUCAUUGUCGCAUUCCUCCGCCCGACCUCUCUUUGGAAUGAACUGUUUUCCCGCCUGCGUCGUUUCCAUGUCAGCAUGGGAACUGCCGUGUCCAAAAGGAAGAAUUUAAGAAACGAUGCGAUAUCUUCUGUGGCAGCAAAAGUUAGAGCAGCACGAGCAUUUGGAGAGUACCUGUCCCACACACACCCUGAAAACCGAAACGGAUCAGCUCAUCUUCUCUGUGAGACCUUGGUGGGUCCCGACCCGGAGUCGCCAAGUGACACGAUUGGCCCCAACAACAACAACAACCACCUGCAUCCCUGCUCCAACACCACCAAGGGCUGUGAGGAGAACCAGGAGUCCAGCCUGGUGAAACCCGCACUGGCACCUCCCCCUUCCAUCACCAUCUCUACCAAGCCAUCGCGGCUGUCCCUUGAGCGCAGCUUCUCAGCGGAGGAAGACCAGCUGAAGUGUGUUGAGUGCACCCUGCAGCCUGCCCGCGUGUACACCAUCACCACCCAGCGCGGUAUGCUGAUGAGCAGUGGCCGGGGCAGCAAAGAGAGCCUAGAACUGGACGUCCUGAAGGAGAAGUCGGGGAGUCGCGGGGUGGGAUCCAGAGGUGGCUUGAUCCAGCCCUCCACCUCCCCUUCCUCCACCUCAUCGUCUCCCACCCAGUACCACCAUGCCAGCAGCGGCCGUGGCACCAGCCACCAUCACGGGAAAGAUCAUCAUGGGAAAGAUCAUCAUGGGAACCACCACGGCAUCUCCGGCACCAACGCCUCCUCCAGCAGUGGAGGAAGUAGCGGAGCAAGUGGAAGUAGCAGUAGCAACCAGCAGCAGCAGUCUUUAGCCGUCUCCGGAUCCCACUCCCACCAUGGAUCACACCACGGCCACCACCAUCACCUGUCUCAACCUCCACUGCAGACCUCCGUCAGCGCUCACAACAUCCGCAGCUGGGGCGAGGGUGGAAAAGGGGAGGCGGAGUGCAGCGGGCUGGCCUGUGACUCGUGCAGCGGAGCCCCCUCGCGGAGCCAGGGCUCCCUGGACCUGGAGAGCGCAUCCCGAGAGGCAGGCAAGCAGCACCGACGCCUAGAGCGGAUGUGGAGUGUGGACCGGGUGACUGGGCUGGAGAGAGAGGACACUAACUGGUUCCCCAAGGAAAAUAUGUUCAGCUUUCAAACUGCCACAACAACCAUGCAGGCGAUAUCGAACUUCCGGAAGCAUCUUCGGAUGGUGGGCAGCAGAAGGAUUAAAGCACAGACGUUCGCUGAGCGUAGAUCGAAGAGUUUCAGCCGUUCCUGGAGUGACCCCACCCCGGUCAAGACUGACUCUCCUCAUGAACCCAAAGACAGCGGAGACCUGCAGGCUUCCUGUGGUACACUGGAUGAAGGAGGCGUUGAUGACAAUUUGGACUGGGAGGAAGAGAGAGAGAUGGAGAGGCUGGCCUGCGAAGGAGAUGACUUUGUACCUCCCAAAAUCAUGCUGAUCUCUUCUAAGGUCCCCAAGGCAGAGUACGUUCCAACCAUAAUCCGGAGGGAUGACCCAUCCAUCAUCCCCAUCCUCUAUGACCAUGAACAUGCAACUUUUGAUGAUAUUUUGGAGGAAAUAGAGAAGAAGCUCACAGCUUACAGGAGAGGAAGCAAGUUCUGGCGGAUGCUCAUUUUUUGUCAGGGAGGACCAGGUCACCUGUAUUUACUGAAGAAUAAAGUGGCAACCUUUGCCAAGGUGGAAAAGGAGGAAGAUAUGAGCCAAUUCUGGAGGAGGCUUAGUCGCUUCAUGAGUAAAAUCAACCCGGAACCCAACCUCAUCCACAUAAUGGGAUGCUAUGUGCUGGGCAACCCCAACGGAGAGAAGCUGUUCCAGAAACUGAAGAAUCUGAUGAGGCCUUAUUCUGUCGAGUUUGAGUCGCCGCUGGAGCUGUCAGCGCAGGGCAAAGAGAUGAUUGAGUUGUACUUCGACUUCCGCCUCUACCGACUUUGGAAGACACGCCAGCACUCCAAACUCUUGGACUAUGAGGAUUUUUUGUGACGAAGAAACCUGAAUACCGGGUGCAGUGGAGCUCUCCAGUGCCACGAGGAACCUGAUAAAACUGAUCCAACGACUGAACAUUGCUCAACUGUAGUGCUCGACCUGUCAACUCAAUAUAAACAGCUGUACCUGCUAUCAUCCGGGAGAGGACUGGGAGAGGAGGAAGAGGGAUGGCGGGACAAGGAGGCUGAGGACAAAACUAGAAUAAGCUGUGCCUCGGCUCCCCGUCAUUUUCAGAGUCAGAGACUCAAAAACACAAAAAGGGCCGAAAAACACAUAAAAGAAAAAAAUGAGGGACAAGGAGAGGCAACUGGACUGUCGUAGUCAACAACUCUCUUUGCCUCUUGAGUCUGAAAGCAAAAAGGAGAAUCAAAAUUUCAAAUGUGUAAAAACGAAACAUCAUUUUAUUCACACCUCUGUUGUAAGGACAGACUUUUUGAAGCUGGUGUGCUUCAGAAAAAAAAAAAAAAAAAAAA